CCCCCCCCCCCCGAGUCGCCGAUGGAUGGAGUGGUUAGAUUUCCAUGCGAGGAUCGAGAGCGUGGGUGUGUAAGUGCGGUUGUUUUUCGUUGAGGAGAUCAGUCAAGGACUUUAAAAAGCUGUUGACAGGUUUGUUGAAAGACGUUGGAGUCCACCUCGGGGCGCAGUUUUGUCUUCAGUUUCGAUAUGUGUAGCGAUUGCAGAGCAAAGGGAUUCUGAAAUUUCAUUCGAGAAAUGAGAGGGACUUUUUGUUGUUGCUGUUGAGAGUUGAUCUCACGGAUAGGUGAACAGGAGGUUCUCAUAGCUUAAAGCUUUUAUAUUUACUUCCACGAGCGUAUAAGUGUGACGAAUAGGUGAAAUUCGGCGACGCGAAUAAAACAUAAAUAUGAGAGUCUGCAGCGUAACCGUGAGCUUAAUUCUUUAGCUUCAAUGCCCUCGGUAGCCUGUUGUUUCGCUACGAUUGUUUCGGUGGAACUCUUGAGCUAAGAAACUCGGAUUGAAGGAAACCCGCUCACCUGAAAUUAGUGGUCUUCCAGCGAGGAUCACUUGUUACUACAAAACCUCGACUAUUGUAGGGGUGGUGCAUCCAUGGGGAAAGGGGCUUCAGGGAAGAUCAUUCCUGAAAAAGUUAGGAUUGGCAUCAAUGGCUUCGGCAGGUUUGGACGUCUCGUGGCCAGAGUUGCACUGGAGAGAAAUGAUAUCGAGUUGGUGGCUGUGAACGACCCUUUCAUCAGCACAGACUAUAUGGCACACAUGUUUAAGUACGACACAGUGCACGGACGAAUGACGGAGGCGGACAUAUACGCCGAAGACGAGCAAACCUUCUCUUUCAGUGGCAAGAAGGUCGCCAUCCUGGGCUUCAAGGAGCUCUCAGAGAUUCCAUGGGGUGAACAUGGCGUUGAUUUUGUGGUGGAGUGCACAGGCAAUUAUUCCAUGAAAGACCAAGCAGCCGAGCAUCUUAAGGGUGGUGCAAAGAAGGUGAUCAUCACAGGGUUCAGCAAGGACGCACCCAUGUUCGUGGUGGGCGUCAACGAGUGCGAUUACCGGUCCGAGUACAACGUCGUGUCCAUGGCCAGUUCCACAACGAACUGCUUGACGCCGCUCGUCAAGGUUCUUAAUGACAAAUUUGGAGUCGUGGAAGGAGUGAUGACAACCGUGCACUCUUUAACCGCAACAGAGAAGUUACUUGAUCGUCCGUCGAGGAAGGAUUUGAGAGACGGGUGCGCCAACAUCAUAGCCAGCACUACGAGUGCGACGAAGGCGAUCGGUCGGUUGAUCCCACGCAUGAAUGGUAAAAUUAAGGGCAUGGCCUUUAGAGUUCCAACUGCCGAUGCGUCUCUCAUCGAUGUCGCAUUCAAGCUCGACCAGUGUGUUUCUUACGAGCAAGUUUGUGAAGCGAUAAAAGAAGAGGCAGAGGGCUCAUUAAAGGGAAUCUUGGGCUACACGGAGGAGGACGCUGCGUCGACCGACUUCAUUGGGGACAGCAGAUCGUGCAUAUUGGAUGCAAAAGCUGGUCUUUCUUUGGGUAACGGCUACUUCAAGCUCAUGGCAUGGUUUGACAACGAGUGGGGCUAUAGUCAUAGGGUGGUGGAGUUUAUAAUCCACAUGGCAUUAAUGCAGCGAACACCAUCACAUUUCCAAACCCACCAUGCUAGAGAGAGUCAAUGAAGCCCAAUGCGAGCAUGAUUCUGUAAUUAAAGCACAACGAUGGGUGGUGAAGGGCAGCCCAAACACUGGUGAUGACGAAAAGCAGAUGCAGGCAACAGCCCAGCUUGUAAACAUGUGCCGCAGAGAUAGGAUUAGAAGAGGAGGCGUCCAACUCCUCCCCGUUGGAGUGAUCACACACGCAUCGCUGCAGAUUUCUUUUUUUCUUUCUUUCUUUUUCUUACUCUUCUGUUAUAAGAAACUUCAAAAUGUGCUCUUGUAAAAUUCAGGCUUCCUAAAGAAGCAACAGAGACAUUUUUUUUAAUA